CUUUAGCUGCUCUUCUCUUAUAUAUAUAUAUAUAUAUACACAAACUGGAGAGCUUCUUUUGAACCAUCCUUGAAAUAACAAAACAUGGACACCCAAGUAGCACCAAUGCAUAAUAGGGUUCAUCAACCAUGCGCAGCUUGCCGGAUGCUACGCCGAAGAUGUGACAGAAAUUGCUCACUUGCACCAUAUUUCCCAGGUGAGGAGAUUGAGAAGUUUGCUGGUGUGCAUAAAGUUUUUGGUGCUAGCAACGUGAUCAAAAUGAUUCAGAUGGUGGAAGAGACAAGAAGGGAAGAUGCAGUGAAAGCUCUAGUUUAUGAAGCAAGAGCAAGGCUCAGAGACCCUGUUUAUGGCAGCACUGGAGCUAUUUUCCAUUUGCAGAAGAUGAUUGAAGAACUCAGAUCCCAAUUGGAAUCAAUAAGAUCUCAAGUCUUGGAGCUGCAACAACACAGAGAUCAGUUGUUGGGCAUUCUCAUGAACAAUGUUCAUUGCCUUGAAGAUGAUCUAUUCUCCACCAUGCAUCAUGACCCAAUGUUUGGUGGUGACCUGUAAUCCUGUUAGAUAUUUUAGAUACUUAUUCAUGAACAUAUAAAUGUGUCAUAUGUAAUCAGUUUGAAGACUCCUUAAUCUCCCUUUGGAUAACUUGUUUUGGUUUGUAAAUUAAGCCCUUUUUUUAUAAAACACAAUAAAUGUUUGGGAUUGA